AUGACUACAGCCCCCAUCGGUAUUGUCUUGAAUCAACCCUCUAGAACCGACAGCAAACGAAUGCCGAACAAUGUCCAGGCGUACCUGGAAAAGACUCUCAAGGAGAGGAUCAUGUAUAUCGACGGAGCCAUGGGAACCAUGAUCCAACGUCUUCGCUUGUCCGAGGAAGACUUUAGAGGCGAGGAAUUCAAGAACCAUACCAAGGAUCUCAAGGGAAACAACGAUAUGUUGGUCUUCACCCUGCCAGACGCCAUCGAGCACAUCCACUGGCAGUACCUCGACGCAGGAGCAGACAUGGUCGAGACCAACACCUUCUCCUCAACAUCCAUCGCUCAAUUGGAUUACGGUCUGGAGAACGAGGCCUACAGGAUGAACAAGGUCGCUGCAGAGGUCGCCAAGCGUGCCUGUGAUAGGGUAACUGCGCAAACGCCAGAUCGCCCUCGCUUUGUCUGCGGUGCUUUGGGACCCACCAACAGAACCUGCUCAAUCUCGCCCUCGGUCGAGAACCCUGCCUUCAGAAACGUCACCUUUGACGAGUUGGUCGAGGCGUACAAGGAGCAGACUAGAGGUCUUUUGGAUGGAGGCGCUGAUAUUCUCUUGGUCGAGACCAUUUUCGAUACCCUUAACGCCAAGGCUGCGCUUUUCGCCAUCGACCUCUGCUUCGCCGAGGGCUGCCGCGUGACACCCGUCUUUGUUUCGGGAACAAUUGUCGAUAUGUCUGGACGCACGCUCAGUGGACAGACUGGAGAGGCGUUUGUUGUUUCGAUGAAGCACGCAAACCCUAUGGCCAUUGGUCUCAACUGUGCCUUGGGAGCAGAUCAGAUGCGCCCCUUCAUUUACAACAUUGGCCAAGCCGCCAAGACCCAUGUUAUCUGCUACCCUAACGCUGGUCUUCCUAACGCUUUCGGAGAGUACGACGAGUCGCCCGAAGACAUGGCCAAGCAGGUUGUGGUGUUUGCACAAGAGGGCUUGGUUUCGAUCAUCGGAGGAUGCUGCGGUACCACUCCCGACCAUAUCCGCGCCAUUGCCAAUGCUUGCAAGUCUUAUGCACCCCGCAAGUUUGAGAAGGAUCCCGUCAUCAGCGGCAUGCUGCUUUCAGGAUUGGAGCCCCUCCGCGUCGACCAGUCCACCAACUUUGUCAACAUUGGAGAGCGCUGCAACGUUGCUGGAUCACGCAAGUUCGCCCGCCACGUCUUGAAGGGCCAGUACGACGAGUGUCUCGCCAUUGCGCGAGCCCAGGUCGAGAGCGGAGCCCAGAUUGUCGAUGUCAACUUUGACGAAGGAAUGUUGGAUGGUGUCGCCGCUAUGACCCGCUUCCUCAACCUGCUGAGCAGUGAUCCCGAUGUCUCCAAGGUUCCUCUUAUGGUCGAUUCGUCCAACUUUGCUGUUAUCGAGGCAGGAUUGAAGUGCGCUCAGGGAAAGUGCAUCGUCAACAGUAUCUCCCUCAAGGCUGGUGAGGAAGAGUUCAUUCGCCAGGCUACUAUUGUUCGUCGUUUCGGUGCUGCUGUCGUCGUCAUGGCUUUCGAUGAGCUCGGGCAGGCUGAUACUAAAGAGCGCAAGUUUGAGAUCUGUUCGCGCUCGUACCAUAUCCUCGUGGACCAGGUGGGAUUCAACCCCAACGACAUCAUCUUUGAUCCCAACAUUCUCACCAUCUGUACCGGUAUGGAGGAGCACAACAACUACGGAGUCGAGUUCAUUGAGGCCAUCAAGUUAAUCAAGGCCAACUUGCCAGGCGCCAAGAUCAGUGGAGGUGUCUCCAACUUGUCCUUCUCCUUCCGUGGUAUGGAGAUCAUUCGUGAGGCCAUGCACUCUGUUUUCCUGUACCACGCUAUCAAGGUCGGCAUGGAUAUGGGUAUCGUCAACGCCGGUUUCUUGACAGUCUACGAUGACAUUCCCAAGGAUCUCUUGCAGCUCUGCGAGGACGCUGUCUGGAACCGUGACCCCGAGGUGACCGACAAGUUGCUCGCCUAUGCCCAGGCCAACGCCAAGGGUGCCAAGAAGGAGGCCGAGACCGAGGAAUGGCGCCUCAAGCCCGUCGCCGAGCGUUUGUCGUACGCCUUGGUCAAAGGAAUCGUCAAGUUCAUUGUGGAGGAUACUGAGGAGGCGCGCCAGGAUCUGCAAAAGUACCCCCGCCCCUUGAACGUUAUUGAAGGUCCCUUGAUGAGCGGUAUGAGUAUUGUCGGAGACCUCUUCGGAGCCGGAAAGAUGUUCUUGCCUCAGGUCAUCAAGUCUGCUCGUGUCAUGAAGACCGCCGUCGCCCAUUUGAUUCCUUUCAUGGAGAUUGAGCGUCUCAAGAACAUUGCCGAGCAGGGUCUCGCUGACGAUGACAACUGGUAUUCUGGCACCGUUCUCAUGGCGACUGUCAAGGGUGAUGUCCACGAUAUCGGCAAGAACAUUGUGGCCGUCGUUCUCGGAUGCAACAACUACAGAGUCAUCGAUCUCGGAGUCAUGACCCCCUGCGACAAGAUUAUCCAGACCGCCAUCAAGGAGAAGGUCGAUAUCAUUGGACUGUCGGGACUUAUUACUCCUUCGCUCGACGAGAUGAUUCACGUUGCUAAGGAGGCUGAGCGCGCUGGAUUGAAGAUCCCCAUCUUGAUUGGUGGCGCCACCACCUCCAAGACCCACACAGCCGUCAAGGUCGCUCCCCGCUACGCUCAGCCCGCCAUUCACGUCCUGGAUGCCUCCAAGAGUGUCGUCGUCGUGUCGAGCUUGCUGGAUGACAAGGUCAGGGAGGACUUUAUUGACGACAUCAACGAGGAGUACGCGGAGAUUCGCGAGGACCACUACGACGGACUCAAGGAUCGCCGCUACCUCACCUUGGCUGCUGCCCGUGAACAAAGAAUGGUUUUGGACUGGACCCAGGAGAAGAUCAUCAAGCCCUCGUUCAUGGGCACCAAGGUCUUCAAGGACAUUGACCUCAACUCCGUGAUCAGCCAUAUCGACUGGAGCCCUUUCUUCCAGGUCUGGCAGCUUCGUGGCAAGUACCCUAACCGUGGAUACCCCAAGAUCUUUAACGACGAGACGGUUGGUGCCGAGGCCAAGAAGUUGCACGAUGAGGCUCUUGCUAUGAUGAAGACGAUGAUCGACAAGAAGCAGCUCACUGCCACCGGUAUUGUCGGCUUCUACCCUGCCAACAGCGUCGGCGAUGAUAUCGAGAUCUACGAGGACGAGACCCGCUCCAAGGUUGUUGCCAAGUUUUAUGGAUUGAGACAGCAGGCCGAGAAGGAGAAGGAGUCGAACGAGAAAUACAUGUGUCUCUCGGAUUUCGUCGCCCCCAAGGAGAGUGGUAUUGCCGACUACUUGUCGAUGUUUGCCGUCACCUCUGGUUUCGGAUGCGAUGAGCUCUGCGAGAAGUUCAAGGCCAAUCACGAUGACUACAGCUCGAUCAUGGCCAAGUCUCUGGCUGACCGUCUUGCUGAGGCCUUUGCCGAGAAGUUACACGAGGAUAUUCGUCGCGAGCACUGGGGAUAUGCCCCUGACGAGGCCAUGAAUGUCAGUGACAUGUUGUCGAUCAAGUACCAGGGUAUCCGCCCUGCUCCUGGUUACCCCUCGCAGCCUGACCACACCGAGAAGAAAACGAUGUGGGAGUUGGGCAACAUCGAAGCUCAGACUGGUAUCAGCUUGACCGAGUCCUUGGCCAUGGAUCCCGGCGCAUCUGUCUCUGCUAUUGUUUUCGGACGCGGCCAGUACUUUGCCGUGGGCAAGGUCAGUGAGGACCAGAUCACGGACUACUCUGCACGCAAGAACAUGGAGAAGCGCGAGGUUGAGACCUGGCUCGGAUCCAUCCUCGCCUACGACAACGAGUAG